UCCAAUGCAAAAUCCUUUUUAUCUGUCACCGCUAUUUUGAGUAGGGAAAAGAAAGUGUUCUGAAAUCGAGCUGCUUUGGAAGCGUCGCCAGAUUAGCGAUUGACAUCACUCCUCCAAUUUGGUGGCGGUGUUGAAUGAGUAUUCUUUUACUUUCUGUCCUUAUCAAAACCCAACUCUAAAACCCACUCACUAUCCAAAGGAGACAAAUUCGGACGUAAAACCCUCACUAAAAUACAGCAGAGGGGUGAUAUACACGACUGAGAGAGCAAGGAAACGAAAAACACACAUACACAAGCUAGCGAACCAGGUGGGUGGAGCUCAAACUCCACUCAUCGGCGGCCUCAAAGAUUUCAUUUUUCUUAUUAUGAAGAGGAGCUGUCGAGUUAGACCGCAAGGUUUUAGAAGAGAUUUUAGUUAGAUAUACAGAAAGGGCAUAUAUACAGUCUGCAUAUAUAUUGGUUUCGAUGGGUGCUCCAAAGCAGAAAUGGACUUCGGAAGAAGAGAGCGCAUUGAGAAAAGGUGUGGAGAAAUAUGGCGCGGGAAGAUGGAGGACUAUUCAAAAGGACCCCGAAUUUGGGCAGUGUUUAGCAGCUCGCUCUAAUGUAGACUUGAAGGAUAAAUGGCGCAAUAUGAGUGUAAGUGCCAGUGGUCAAGGAUCCAGGGAGAGGAUAAGGAUUCCCAAGAAAGCAAUUGCUGCUGUGCCUUUUCAGUCUUUGACACCUGAGGCUACUCCUGCACUUGCAAUAGAAGCAGCACCCUCAACAUCUACGGAUAAUCUUGUUUCCCGCAAGAUUUCAACAAAUGGAAGAACCCCUAUCCCAAGGUAUGAAGACAUGAUUGUAGAAGCCCUUACAGCAAUGCAAGAUCCAAAUGGCAACGAUGUUAUUACAAUUGCAAGUUACAUUGAGCAACGACAUGAGGUGCCCCAAAAUUUCAGGCGAUUAUUGAGUUCAAAGCUAAAGCGGUUGGCUACACAAGAUAAAAUUGUGAAGAUUCUUCAAAAUUACAAGCUCAAAUCCUCUAUAGCAGAUCUGAAACCUGCAAGUUUUGAAUCUACAAAUAUAUCUGAUAGUUCAUAUCAACACUCUAACAUUACAAGCGAGUUCAUGGAUGAUUCCAUAAAUGAAGCUUCCAUGGCUGCGGCACAGAAGAUGGCUGAGUCAGAGGAAAUGACGUACAUGGCAGGUGCAGCAGCACAAGAAGAAGAGUUUGCCUUGGGAGUGGCAGAUGAGUCCGAUAUGUUCUUUCAAGCUGCAUCUAUUGUAUUUGAGCAGUUCCUGCAGGAUGGUGUUGUUGAAGUUCGGUGAUAAUCUAUGGCUUGGAGGAAAGAUUCCAAACAAUAGAGCAUGUCAUUUUCAGCAGUGUAGGAAUCUAAUUUAUGUACAGAAUUUUGCACCCGGUUUGAGUUUGACCUCUAAAAUUGUAUUUUUGAGAAUACUUCAGAGCUAUGCUGUUGCAAGGUGUGAAUUGGCAACGCCCUUGCAUUGUUAUGCGUCCUACAUCAUUCUUUGAUGGAUUAACGCUUUGUUGAAAGGGUUUAUCCCUUGCCUUUUUGUUCUUAGUGGCAUGGUAUGUUAUCGCUCUUUUGAAUGUCAUAGUUGGAGCCGGAGGUAUAUUGACCACUUUUGAUGAUGACAGUAGAAGAGUUGUUUGUGAAUUACUACCACUUUUAGGGUUCAAGAAAGCUUUACAAGUACUUAAAAGCUUUGAACUAUUUUAUUGAGGUAAAGCUAGUUUUUUAGGAUACAGCCAAGCAAAACACUACAAGUUUGUCUUUAUAUCAACCUUAAUAUUAUUUAAAUUGGAUGCACA